AUGGAGAACGGAGAAGCUUCAUUGACCACUUGCUUGCCUUUCAAGGAACAAAAGCCCAUGCAAACACCUAACUUGGCGGUGAAGCAACGAAAUGGGAGAAAACAACAAAACCCUAAAACCACCAAAGGGCGACAGAGGAUAGAGAUCAAAGAGAUCCAAGAAGAGAACCGAAGGCAAGUGACGUUUUCGAAACGCCGAACCGGACUUUUCAAAAAAGCAGCCGAACUAAGCGUACUCUGCGGAGCACAGAUUGGUAUCAUAACAUUUUCACGUUGCGAAAGGAUCUACGCGUUUGGUAACGUGAACACACUCAUCGAAAGUUACUUGCGUAAGACUCCGGUGAUGCUAAGGUCUUAUUACGGCGGUGAUGUGGCAACCGGAGUGGACGGAGAUGGUCCGAUGUGGUGGGAGAGGGCGGUGGAAAGCGUGCCGGAGGAAGAGAUGGAUGAGUACAUGAAGGGGUUGAAUGGUUUAAGGGAGAAUUUGUGGACAAGGAUCUGCGAGAUGAGUGGUGAUCCAACGGCCCAGAUGAAUGCUCAGAUAUGUCCAGAUCUGAUGGCUCCGGUGAACUGGAAACUGAUGGAUGAAAAUCUAACGGUUAAGAACGAUCAAGGUCAAGCAGGUUAUGAUGGAUAUUAA